AUGGCGGUUGGUAUCGUUCAGACUGUCCGCCCUGGCACCCUGGCUGCCUUUGAGUGCAGCCUCAAUGUCGACGUGAACCGCUUCGACAGGCUGGUCCUGGCACUCAAGGAAGCUCUAGGACCAUCAUCUGGUCUGACGUCGGACGAUGUGGACGUCGAGUUCCUGACCAAGCUGAUGAAGGACUACAAGUCCGACGAGAGGGAAUGGGCCAAGUUCGCCAUGGGCGACGCUAGCAGAGGAUACACUAGGAACCUAGUGGACGAAGGCAACGGCAAGAGCAACUUGCUUGUUCUCGUGUGGUCUCCUGGAAAGGGGAGCCCCAUCCAUGACCACGGCAACGCGCAUUGCCUGAUGAAAAUCCUCCGCGGCGACUUGACAGAAACGAGAUAUGCCUUUCCCGAGGCGGGUGAGGAGGAGGAGAAGCCAAUGAAGGUGAUAUCGGAGAAGGUGUACAAGGAGAACCAGGUAGCAUACAUGGCCGAUGAGCUCGGUGUACACAGGGUCUGGAACAGAAGCAGCGACUUCGCUGUCUCACUUCACUUGUACACGCCACCAAAUGUUGCGAAGGGGGGUUGCCAUAUCUUCAAUGAAGAGACAGGGAAGAAAAGCCACAUCAAGAACUGCGGGUACUACUCGGCGUAUGGAAAGAAGUUGUGA